CUCAACUUGGGGAGGACAGGGCCCAGAAAGAUUGUCUGGGAGAAACACCUAAAUCCAAGAGCCCUAUUCUGGUCUUGGCAACCGAGCCAAACUUGAUGUGUGACUGAGGAUCUUACUGAACUUCUCUGUGUGGCCGCAUCUAUCAGACAGAUCGUGGCACCUGCCUUCCUCCCCUUCAUGGGAAGAGCGCAAACUCUGGCCAAACCAACAGAAGCUCCUACCCCUGCUCUCCACUUCCUAGCUGUGUGACGCUGGGCAAGUCAGUUAACCUCCCUGAGCUUCGCUUCACUCCUCCAUAAAAGGGAGAUAAUAAAAACUGUCAGGGUGUGGGAGGGACAGAUGAGACCAUGGGGAAUGACCACAGUGCAGCAAUAAAUAAAGGUUGGAGCGUAACUAUUAAUAAUGUGAUGAUGAAGCCCAUAUAAAGGCUUUAACAAUGAUAGUAACUCAUCCACAGACAUAGCUUAAAAGGCCUUCCCCCAUCCACGAUCCCUGAGGAUUUUGGCAUCAACCUGAUGAGACAGGGUUAUCAGACCCACUUCACAGAUGAGAGAACUGAGCUCAGCACAGGGCUGGCUGGGAUGCAGCCCCAGCUAAGUUUAUCCACCAUCUCAGGUGCUUGUGAACGUGAACGACAUCAAUGACAAUGUGCCCACCUUCCCCCGAGACUACGAGGGGCCAUUUGAUGUCACCGAGGGCCAGCCGGGACCCCGAGUGUGGACCUUCCUGGCCCAUGACCAGGACUCGGGCCCCAACGGGCAGGUGGAAUACAGCAUCGUGGACGGAGACCCUCUGGGCGAGUUUGUGAUCUCUCCUGUGGAGGGGGUGCUGCGUGUCCGGAAGGAUGUGGAGCUGGAUCGGGAGACCAUUGCCUUUUACAACCUGACCAUCUGUGCCCGCGACAGAGGGGUGCCUCCACUUAGCUCCACGAUGCUGGUGGGGAUUCGCGUGCUGGACAUCAAUGACAAUGACCCCGUGCUGCUGAAUCUGCCCAUGAACAUCACCAUCAGUGAGAAUAGCCCCGUCUCCAGCUUCGUCGCCCACAUCCUGGCCAGUGACGCUGACAGCGGGUGCAACGCCCUCCUCACCUUCAACAUCACUGCAGGCAACCGAGAGCGGGCCUUCUCCAUCAAUGCCACGACAGGGGUCAUCACCGUGAACCGGCCACUGGACCGUGAGCGGAUCCCCGAGUACAAGCUGACCGUUUCCGUGAAGGACAACCCGGAGAACCCACGCAUAGCCAGGAGGGAUUUUGACUUGCUGCUGGUCUUUCUGGCAGACGAGAAUGACAACCAUCCCCUCUUUACCCAGAGCACCUACCAGGCAGAGGUGAUGGAGAACUCUCCCGCUGGGACCCCCCUCACGGUGCUCAAUGGGCCCAUCCUGGCCCUGGACGCGGACCUGGACGUCUACGCCGUGGUGACCUACCAGCUGCUGGGCUCCCAGGGUGGCCUCUUCGACAUCGACAACAGCACGGGCGUGGUGACGGUGAGGUCAGGUGUUAUCAUUGACCGGGAAGCCUUCUCACCCCCGGUGCUGGAGCUGCUGCUGCUGGCUGAGGACAUUGGGCUGCUCAAUGGCACAGCCGACCUGCUGGUCACCAUACUGGAUGACAAUGACAACUGGCCCACCUUUAGCCAUCCCACCCUCACAGUCCACCUGCUGGAGAACUGUCCGCCAGGAUUCUCAGUCCUUCAGGCCACAGCCACGGACAGGGACAGUGGCCUCAAUGGGGAGCUGAUCUACCGAAUAGAAGCUGGGGCUCAGGACCGCUUCGUCAUCCACCCAGUCACUGGGGUCAUCCGUGUCGCCAAUGCCACCAUCGACAGGGAGGAGCAGGAAUCCUACCGGCUGACAGUGGUGGCCACCGACAGGGGCACCGUUCCUCUCUCAGGCACGGCCAUCAUCACCAUCCUGAUCGACGAUAUCAAUGACUCCCGUCCUGAGUUCCUCAACCCCAUCCAGACGGUGAGCGUGCUGGAGUCGGCUGAGCCAGGCACUGUCAUUGCCAACAUCACCGCUAUUGACCGCGACCUCAACCCAAAGCUGGAGUACCACAUCAUCAGCAUCAUGGCCAAGGAUGACACUGACCGCCUGGUGCCUGACCAGGAGGAUGCCUUUGCUGUGAAUAUCAACACAGGGUCUGUAAUGGUGAAGUCCCCACUGAACCGGGAGCUGGUUGCCACCUAUGAAGUCACUCUCUCAGUGAUCGACAAUGCCAGUGACCUACCAGAGCACUCUGUCAGCGUGCCAAAUGCCAAGCUGACAGUCAACAUCCUGGACGUCAAUGACAAUACGCCCCAGUUCAAGCCCUUCGGGAUCACCUAUUACACGGAGCGGAUUCUGGAGGGGGCCACCCCAGGCACCACACUCAUUGCCGUGGCAGCUGUGGACCCCGACAAGGGCCUCAAUGGGCUGAUCACCUACACUCUGCUGGACCUGAUGCCCCCAGGCUAUGUCCAGCUGGAAGACUCCUCAGCAGGGAAAGUCAUUGCCAACCGGACAGUGGACUACGAAGAAGUACACUGGCUCAACUUUACCGUGAGGGCCUCAGACAACGGGUCUCCGCCCCGGGCAGCUGAGAUCCCUGUCUACCUGGAGAUCGUGGACAUCAAUGACAACAACCCCAUCUUUGACCAGCCUUCCUACCAGGAGGCCAUCUUUGAGGAUGUGCCUGUGGGCACGGUCAUCCUGACAGUCGCUGCGACUGAUGCCGACUCAGGCAACUUUGCCCUCCUUGAGUACAGCCUCGGGGAUGGAGAGGGCAAGUUUGCCAUCAACCCCGCUACGGGUGACAUCUAUGUGCUGUCCUCUCUGGACCGGGAGAAGAAGGACCACUAUAUUCUGACUGCCUUGGCCAAAGACAACCCUGGAGAUAUAGCCAGCAACCGCCGAGAAAAUUCGGUGCAGGUGGUGAUCCAGGUGCUAGACGUCAAUGACUGCCGGCCACAGUUCUCCAAGCCCCAGUUCAGCACAAGCGUGUAUGAGAAUGAGCCGGCAGGCACCUCAGUCAUCACCAUGAUGGCCACCGACCAGGAUGAGGGUUCCAAUGGGGAGCUGGCCUACACACUUGAGGGCCCUGGCGUGGAGGCCUUCCACGUGGACAUAGACUCAGGCCUGGUGACCACAAAGCGGCCACUGCAGUCCUACGAGAGGUUCAACCUGACCGUGGUGGCCACGGAUGGCGGACAGCCUCCACUCUGGGGCACCACCAUGCUCCUGGUGGAGGUCAUCGACGUCAAUGAUAACCGCCCCGUCUUCGUGCGCCCGCCCAACGGCACCGUCCUCCACAUCAGAGAGGAGAUCCCGCUGCGCUCCAAUGUAUAUGAGGUCUAUGCCACAGACAAGGACGAGGGCCUCAACGGGGCCGUGCGCUACAGCUUUCUGAAGACGGCUGGCAACCGGGACUGGGAGUACUUCACCAUCGACCCCAUAAGCGGCCUCAUCCAGACCGCUCAGCGCCUGGACCGCGAGAAACAGGCUGUGUACAGCCUCAUCCUGGUGGCCAGCGACUUGGGCCAGCCAGUGCCAUACGAGACCAUGCAGCCGCUGCAAGUGGCCCUGGAGGACAUCGACGACAACGAACCUCUCUUUGUGAGGCCCCCGAAAGGCAGCCCCCAGUACCAGUUGCUGACAGUGCCUGAGCACUCGCCACGUGGCACCCUCGUGGGCAACGUGACAGGCGCCGUGGAUGCAGACGAGGGCCCCAACGCCAUCGUGUACUACUUCAUUGCAGCCGGCAACGAAGAGAAGAACUUCCAUCUGCAGCCUGACGGGCGUCUGCUGGUGCUGCGGGACCUGGACCGGGAGCGUGAAGCCGUCUUCUCCUUCAUCGUCAAGGCCUCAAGCAAUCGCAGCUGGACACCUCCCCGUGGGCCCUCCCCAGCCCUCGACCUGGUCACUGACCUCACCCUGCAGGAGGUGCGCGUCGUGCUAGAAGACAUCAACGACCAGCCCCCGCGCUUCACCAAGGCUGAGUACACUGCAGGAGUGGCCACCGAUGCCAAGGUGGGCUCAGAGUUGAUCCAGGUGCUGGCCCUGGACGCAGACGUUGGCAACAACAGCCUGGUCUUCUACAGCAUCCUGGCCAUCCACUACUUCCGGGCCCUUGCCAAUGACUCUGAGGACGUGGGCCAGGUCUUCACCAUGGGGAGUGUGGAUGGCAUCCUGCGUACCUUUGACCUCUUCAUGGCCUACAGCCCUGGCUACUUUGUGGUGGACAUUGUGGCCCGGGACCUCGCAGGCCACAAUGACACGGCCAUCAUCGGCAUCUAUAUCCUGAGGGAUGACCAGCGUGUUAAGAUCGUCAUUAACGAGAUCCCCGACCGCGUGCGUGGCUUUGAGGAGGAGUUCAUCCGCCUGCUCUCCAAUAUCACCGGUGCCAUUGUCAACACUGAUGACGUGCAGUUCCAUGUGGACAAGAAGGGUCGGGUGAACUUCGCACAGACAGAGCUGCUCAUCCACGUGGUGAAUCGUGACACCAACCGCAUCCUGGACGUGGACCGGGUGAUCCAGAUGAUUGAUGAGAACAAGGAGCAGCUGCGGAACCUCUUCCGCAACUACAAUGUCCUGGACGUGCAGCCUGCCAUCUCUGCCCGCUUGCCCGACGACAUGUCCGCCCUGCAGAUGGCGAUCAUUGUCUUGGCCAUCCUCCUCUUCCUGGCUGCCAUGCUGUUCAUCCUCAUGAACUGGUACUACAGGACCGUACACAAGAGGAAGCUCAAAGCCAUUGUAGCUGGCUCGGCAGAACUUCUCCCUACAGGAAAUCGUGGUUUCAUUGACAUCAUGGACAUGCCCAACACCAACAAGUAUUCCUUCGACGGGGCCAACCCCGUGUGGCUGGAUCCUUUCUGCCGGAACCUGGAGCUGGCCGCCCAGGCUGAGCAUGAGGACGACCUGCCGGAGAACCUGAGUGAGAUCGCAGACCUAUGGAAUAGCCCCACCCGCACCCAUGGAACUUUUGGGCGUGAACCAGCAGCAGUCAAGCCUGAUGAUGACCGGUACCUGCGGGCAGCCAUCCAAGAGUACGACAACAUUGCCAAGCUGGGCCAGAUCAUUCGGGAGGGACCCAUCAAGCUGAUCCAGACUGAGCUGGAGGAGGAGCCAGGGGAGCACAGCCCCGGUCAGGGCAGCCUGCGCUUCCGCCAUAAGCCGCCGACAGAGCUCAAGGGGCCUGACGGGAUCCACGCGGUGCACGGCAGCACGGGCACUCUGCUGGCCACUGACCUUAACAGCCUGCCCGAGGACGACCAGAAGGGCCUGGGUCGCUCACUGGAGACGCUGACCACAGCUGAAGCCAGUGCCUUUGAGCGCAACGCCCGCACAGAGUCAGCCAAAUCUACACCCCUGCACAAGCUUCGUGAUGUGAUCCUGGAGAGCCCCCUGGAGAUCACAGAGCUAUGACCAGACGGGAGCCUCGCCGGUGUGAGCAGCACCUGCCCCCAUCUCUCCCAGGGCAGGACAGAGCAGGACCACAGUGUGGGCCCCUCCCCAGGCUGGCUCUGGGCGCACGACCUCGGGCUGGCCUGGUGGCAGCCCGCACCAGCUGCUCAGAUUCCACUUCUGCCAGAUGCCCAUUCAGCACCUGACCUCUAUCUUCAUAAAAUUUGUUAUUUUUUUAAGAAAACCAAACAAAAAUGUUAAGCAUCUAAGGACACAGGUAAGGAGGGUCACCGGGGGCUCAGGAGCGUGAGGACCAACUCAGCCCAGGCUGAGCUCUUAAGAGGCCAAGCGGGCCCUCUUCCCCUCCCCUCCCCCCGACUUUCAGACCAGAAGAGGGAGGCCCAGAGCUGGCGUACCCUGCCUGGCCUUGGCUCCCUGACUUCAGUUCAAGUCCCAAUGCAUUUCUAGCACAUUCCCAGCUGGACAUCCAGCUAGGGGCUGACAGUGAUCCCUGCCUCCCCACGUGGACAUGGUCAACGUCGGUGAACGGCGUUCUCUACAUUUCACUGGCUUCCCAAACGUGCCCGGCUCCUAAAGAGAAAUGACUGGUGUUCUCUUGGGUUCUGAAUGUGUUUGUGUGUAUUCCUUUUUUAAAUUAAGUUAUUCCCUCAACAUUUUCCCCUUGAUUUUGUUUAACUGGUACUCACCGAACGUUUCUGGAAUGGUCUGAAUUUUAAAUAAGAAAAGCAACUCACAAGGAAUCAGUAGUUCAUUCAAUUAGCUCUGGCUCUGGUAAACUACCCUCCCUUCGGUUGGCCCAGGGAAGGGGGGAGGGUGAAGGGCAGGGCAGAUCCGGGCCUGACUUUCA